CAAAAGCCCCUCAACCCAACACGCCUAAGACGGUUAUCUCCAAGUCUCAGUCCCUCGUUUCUUCCGCCCCCUUCACUCACCUUCUUUCUGCCACUUCUCUUCUAUAUAAUAACACCCACUUCUUUGGUUCAACUUCCCUUCAAUUCAUCACAUAAUAACAACACUAUAAACAUUGAUUUUGGCUCUUUGUUGCAGCGAGACCAAAAUGUCUUUCACUGCAACCAAGUUUUCACCUUCUCCUCUCCCUCUCACUUCCACCACCCCCAGAUCCAAUGACAAGCCUCUCUCUUUCUCCUUCGAUCACUCCAAACCCAACCCUUCUUCCUCCUUCCUUGGAUCCACUCGCAAGCUUCUUCGCUUCAAUGCUCUCGCUAGGCCUCAUGCUCACCCUCGUGCUUCUUCUUCCCCUGCUGCUGCUGUUCUUCUCGAACGAACCUCCAAUCUGCUUGUCACAAAAGAGGAAGGGUUGGAGCUCUAUGAAGACAUGAUAUUAGGGAGGUUUUUUGAGGACAAGUGCGCUGAGAUGUAUUAUAGGGGCAAAAUGUUUGGUUUUGUUCACUUGUACAAUGGCCAAGAGGCUGUGUCAACUGGGUUCAUCAAGCUUCUGAAGAAGGAAGAUUCUGUAGUGAGCACCUACAGAGAUCAUGUUCAUGCAUUGAGUAAGGGGGUCCCAUCUCGGCAAGUGAUGAGUGAACUGUUUGGGAAGGCGACAGGGUGCUGCCGAGGUCAAGGUGGUUCAAUGCAUAUGUUCUCAAAAGAGCACAACUUGCUUGGUGGAUUUGCCUUCAUUGGUGAAGGAAUUCCGGUGGCCACCGGGGCUGCAUUUUCGAGCAAGUACAGAAGAGAGGUGUUGAAGCAGGCAGAUUGUGAUCAUGUGACGUUGGCAUUUUUUGGAGAUGGGACUUGUAAUAAUGGGCAGUUCUAUGAAUGCCUGAACAUGGCAGCUCUGUGGAAAUUGCCAAUUGUGUUUGUGGUGGAGAAUAAUUUGUGGGCUAUUGGGAUGUCGCAUCUCAGGGCAACUUCAGAUCCUCAGAUAUGGAAGAAAGGGCCGGCAUUUGGAAUGCCAGGGGUUCAUGUAGAUGGGAUGGAUAUUUUGAAGGUCAGAGAGGUGGCAAAGGAGGCAGUUGAAAGGGCUAGAAGAGGAGAUGGACCAACUCUAGUGGAAUGUGAGACCUAUAGAUUUAGAGGGCAUUCAUUGGCUGAUCCCGAUGAGCUUCGUGACCCUGCUGAGAAGGAACACUAUGCUGGUAGGGACCCCAUCACUGCAUUGAAGCAAUACCUUAUUGAGAACAAUUUAGCCAAUGAGCAAGAAUUGAAGGCCAUAGAGAAGAAAAUCGACGAGAUCCUCGAGGACGCCGUUGAGUUUGCAGACAGCAGCCCUCUUCCACCCCGCAGUCAGCUUCUGGAGAAUGUCUUUGCUGAUCCAAAAGGCUUUGGAAUCGGACCAGAUGGCAGGUAUAGAUGUGAGGAUCCAAAAUUCACUGAAGGCACAGCUCAUGUCUAAUCUUUCAGUAUUGUACGAGUGUUCUUUUCAUAUGGCUUAUUUAGUGAUCAAAUGUUACACAAUGUCUAAUAUAAACAGGAUUUGUUCUUUAGGUUGGUAAUUUGGUUUUACGUGUCUUAUAUUUAUCAUUGUUUGUGGAACUAGUGGCAAGAAUGACAAUCUCCAGAAUUAGAUUGUAGCCUCUACCAACGCUGUAUAAUAAAAUUUUAGUCGUUCCUCUUUGUUCUUGUUUUCUAUCAA